UUGCAGUUGUCUUUCUGGAUUUACAUCGGCGUAAUGUCUAUCUUUGUUGGUGGAAGCGGUGAAGAAGUUUCUGGCAUUCCAAUAUCGGUGCCAUGCCCUCAGUGGUGGUAUGGCUGGGUGCCACUCUGCUGGUGGAGAGACUGUUGCCCUGUGCAUGCCCGCUGUGCUGGCAAGACUGGUCCUCUGUGUGUGCUGCUGGCUGUACUUCACGUGGCCACCCCUAACCCCUCCCUGCCAGUUGAAGACAAGCAGUCUUCAUCACAGGUUGUGAUUCAGGCUUUGGUAAUGCUACAGCAAAGAAGUUGGAUGCAAUGGGGUUUGAAGUGUUUGCGACCGUGCUCAACCUGGAGGGAGAGGGAGCUAAGCAUUUGCGCAAAGUCUGUUCAUCACGCCUUACCCUCCUGCAAGUAGACAUCACCCAGCCUCAGCAGGUACAGCAAGCCCUGCUCGACACCAAGGCCAAACUUGGCAUAAGAGAAUUGUGGGGGCUUGUGAACAACGCUGGCUGGUGUGUAAAUAUCGGGGAUGCUGAGCUCUCUCUCAUGUCCAACUACAGAGGAUGCAUGGAAGUCAACUUCUUUGGAACGGUAACCGUCACCAGAACUUUCCUACCACUUCUCAGACAGUCUAAAGGCCGGAUCGUGACAAUCUCCAGCCCUUCAGGUGAGCAUCCCUUCCCUUGCUUGGCAUCAUAUGGGGCUUCAAAGGCUGCUCUGAAUCUUUUUAUCAACACACUUCGUCAUGAGCUGGAUCCAUGGGGUGUCAAAGUCUCCACUAUCUUACCCUCAGCCUAUAAGACAGGACAGAGCAGUAACGCAGAGUACUGGGAAAAACAGUACAAGAGCCUGAUCCAGGGCUUGCCCCCAAACCUUCUGGAAGAAUAUGGGGAAGAAUAUCUGCUGGAGACCAAGGAGCUCUUCCAGAAUUAUGCCAAAACAGCCAACGAAGACCUGAGCCCUGUCAUCGACACCAUUGUGGAAGCGCUCCUUUCUCCUCAACCCCAGGUGCGAUACUACGCCGGGCCUGGUUUAAUACUCAUGUACUUCAUCUGCAGCUACUUACCAUUCAGCAUCAGCGACAGGUUCCUCCAGAAGCUGUUUGUACAGAAGAAAGUGAUGCCUCGCGCCCUUAUGAAGCAGCAAGGCCUGAGCCCUAAUGACAAUAACAACAGCAUAAAGGAGAAUAUGAAUGACAGCAGCAGCAACAACAGCAACUUCACAAAGUGUAUUGAUUAGUUCUGAAAAAAAACAUUCUUUAGCACCACUAAUGUGAUCUACUUGUAGAGUUUUGUUUCUAUUGUGUAUACUUUACUUUUCUCUUGUCUUUAUGUUGUAUAUAUUGUUUAAUACUUUGAGGGGAUCACUGAACUGCACCAUAUCAUCUAUGGCACAGCCAGCAUGGCAGUUGACGCUUUUGAGCAUCAUGAAGAUAAUAAUAUAUAAGAGGUCAGGCCCACAGACCACUUUUAGAGUCAAUACAAGUUCUCAGGUGAGGCAAAAAUAAAUACAAACAGACUUCAAACAUAUGACUUCUGACUGAAAUCACAAUGAAAACUGAUGCACCAUAGACCCAUGAAUUUGUUGUGAUGUUUUAAUGUCACAAAGGCUUGAAUGGUCAUUAAAGGCCUGUUUACAUCAAGACCAAUAACUAUGUUAAUAUUGAUCAAAGAUUGGCAACAAUAUAUGAUCAUUUGGAAUUACGUUUAGAACUAUAUUUGAAAGAUAUAUGAAAGAUUAAAAACAUUGUCAGCUAAUCAGAAUCCAUUCUGCCUUAGAGAGUGUGAGAAUUUAAAGUGGUAGAGCAUAAAACAGCAGUGCGUGCCUAUAAUAACCACAAUGAUAACAUGUAUUGGUGUGGAUGCUAAUAUAGCUAUUUUUGUUGGUGUGAACAGGCUUAAACAGCAGACACUACAGGCUGUGUUUCCUUACUGCACUGAGAGGUUGAUGAUAACGUUACUAUGAUCAGUCCAAGGUCAAAUGUGGUCAGAGUACAGUACACCAUCAAGUAAACAUUGUGGGUUGUUUCUUUAAUUUUUGUAUUUUAGAUAAGCGACCAAUGGCCUGAAGUGGUUUCUUUUUUAAAAAAUAUGUUUUACUCGAUAGUUUUGCAUUUGUUGUAAUUGUUUAUAUUUUCCAUGUCACGGUUUUGGCGUAUUUAUGCCAUUUUGUUCUUAAUAAAUCACUUAAGCUGUGAAUUUUUUACAAAUAUGAAAACAAAAACAUGAAAAAAAAUGUAAAUUUGUUCACUUGAUCAUUCUUAGAGUAUAUUAAAGUUGACUUUUUAAAUAUUCAA